AUGGAAUUGAUUGAGUCAACAUGCCUCCCACCAGUGGGGAUUGUGACAACCCAACUAGCCCCCUGGCUCGUCUGGUCGAUAUGGAUAGCACGCAACAACUUGAUUUUCAACAACAAGAUCGUGACAAUAGAGGAAGUUAUAUCCCGGGCAAUCUCUGCAGCAAAGGAGUGGCAAAACGCGCAGGGCCAAGAUGAACCAAAGAAGACUCCUAAGCGUAAGAUAGAGGAUGUACCACACUGUGAUACUGUUCUUCAAACAGAUGCAGCAUGGACUGAGACAACAAGAACAGCUGGACUGGGCUGGGCUAUCAAAACCGCAAGAGAAACUCAGAGAUUCUCAAACUCUACUACCUUUGUCACAUCACCACUGAUGGCUGAAAGCUUAGCAAUGAGGGAAGCGAUCAAGAAGAGUAAGGAGCUGGGGAUCCGGCGCUUACGGUGCGAAUCAGACUUCUCAGAGCUGAUUAAAGCUCUCAAUUCAUCUUCUGAACCUCUGGAGAUUUAUGGCAUAAUUUCUGAUAUUAGAAUUGAGGCUAGCUCUUUUGAUGUUAUUUCGUUUGUUUGGAUUCCUAGAGAAAGGAAUGUGGAGGCUGAUUGCCUAGCAAAAGCGGCGUUACGCCAUGUAACAACUGACUCGUUCAGUUAA